CUUCAACUUUCCCUUCCCUUUCCUCUUUCUUCCUUCCUAUAUCGUUUACGCUUCAUAUCUUCCCACCCAAAUCUCUAAGAGAGCUUCCAGAGAGAUCUCCAUCCAUCCUCUCAACAUAAAUCUCCACCGGGACUAUCCCGUGACUUUCGUAAUUCGUCAACUGGUCCCCGCAGCUCCAAUCGGCGAAGCCUUCACGCCCUCACCGUGCCGAACUCCGGCUCACGACUGUCACCUGGAUCGAGCUGAGAAUCAUUUCAUCCGCCCCUUUGAAGCUUCUUCUGAGGUUUUGGAAAUGGUGGAGGAGGGAUUGAACUGAUAGGAAGCGAGAUUCGGAUUGCAGGAAUAGAUGAAGCAGAGGAAGGCGGCGGCGGCGACGCAGCAGCAGCUCAAGUCUCACUGCAAAUGGAGGAGACAAGUAUUUGCUAUGGUGCUGCUAGGGUUCUGCUUAUGCAGUCUGGUUCUGAUGCAGACUCAGAACAGUCAAAUCAUGGCGCUCAGUGCGCGGUUCCGUCACGAGCAGCAGGAGCAGCUGCCGCCGAAGAUCGCCUUCCUGUUCAUCGCUCGGAAUCGGCUCCCUCUCGAAGUAGUCUGGGAUGUCUUUUUCAAGGGCGAGGAGUCGAGAUUUUCAGUUUUUGUUCAUUCCAGGCCUGGAUUUCUAUUCAACGAGGCAACGACGAGGUCGGAGUAUUUCCUGGAUCGACAACUUAACGAUAGCAUUCAGGUAGAUUGGGGGGGAGCUAGUAUGAUUGAGGCAGAGCGUAUAUUACUACGACAUGCACUUGAGGAUCCUUCGAACAAGCGCUUUGUUUUCCUCUCAGACAGCUGCAUACCUCUUUACAACUUCAGCUACACAUAUGACUAUAUCAUGUCAACAUCAACCAGUUUUGUAGACAGCUUUGCUGAUACAAAAGAAGGUCGCUACAAUCCAAAGAUGGACCCAGUGAUCCCUGUAGAUAACUGGAGGAAAGGAUCGCAGUGGGUUGUUCUAACAAGAAAGCAUGCUGAGGUUGUAGUGCAGGACAGUACUGUCUUUCCUGCUUUUCAAAAGCAUUGCAGACGGAAAUCGCUACCUGAGUUCUGGAGGGAUCAACCCUUUCCUACUGAUCCAUCUAAAGAGCACAAUUGUAUACCUGAUGAACAUUAUGUCCAAACAUUAUUAGCUCAAAAGGGCCUCGAGAAAGAAAUAACACGAAGAUCAUUGACUCACACUUCAUGGGACGUUUCAUCAUCUAAAGACCCCAAACGCCGCGGAUGGCAUCCUGUAUCCUACAAGUUUUCUGAUGCUACUCCCAUGCUGAUACAGUCUAUCAAGGAUAUUGAUAACAUUUACUACGAGACUGAAUACAGACGAGAGUGGUGCACCAGCAAAGGGAAACCUUCAACGUGCUUCCUUUUUGCAAGGAAAUUCACACGCCCCGCUGCCCUCCGACUCCUCAAUAUGUCUGAGCUCGGAGUCCAUAAAGCAACAGACAAUCCCUGAUCCUCAUGGUGAUACGUUAAUUGAACAAAACUAGUGUUAAGUUUAACCUCUCAAUAAUACGGAAGGAUAAAAGUAUACAAAGUGGAGCUUAACAUAAAACUGAAGAGAGAGAGAGAGAGAGCUCUAAAUUAGAGUCACUACAAGGCAAUUGGGUACCGAAUCCAAAUCGUCCUAGGUUUAGCGUGUGUUGUUGUAUCUUCUUCUCCUUUUCUUACGUAGUGAGUAGUGUGCAAGACGAGUUGUGUUUGAUUGUUAUUCUUUUGGGUCGCCAUCGUCAUGCCUUGUAUAUUUGUGUAUAGAAGGCCGUUUAAUUGAUAGCUCCAGAAAUAAAGAUUGAAAUCUACAGUACUUCUGAUGCAGAUACUAUUUUUGAUG